AUGAAUACACGGCUCUACAAGGGAAUAUCGCAGGAUUUCUACAGGCGCCUGGUCAGAGAGGAGGUCAGCCUAGGAGAGUGGCUCUGCAGCGUGUGCUGGGCGACAGGAGAGGUGGCCCAAGAUGAGGAGGAGACGAUGGAUUUGAGCUUGGGGGACGGACUGCCUGGCGGAUCCGGAGCGGAAGAGGAGAUGGAGGCGCCGGAAGAUGAAGCCGAGGUCCCCCGUGAACCCACGAGUCCCAUCCCGAUGCCUCGUGUGGUCCUGGAGGAUUCCAUCGGCGACUUGAGCGUGGAGGAGGACCUUCCUGUCGGAGCAGAGCGCGACGUCACCUUCAGCUUGGUCAAGAAGGGCACGAAGCGAGGUGCAGAUAAGCUGACAGACAGCUUGGGCUUCGCCUACACGGUCAGGAAGAGGAAAGUAACUGUGACAUACUGGGAGUGUGAGAAGCGGCCUAAGGACAAGUCGUUCAGGUGCAACGCAUCCGUCAUCGAAAGGCCGCCAGGAUCAGGAGUCUACCGCCGGGGGGACAACGAACACAAUCACCCACCGGUUGUGAACUGCGAGACAAAUAUCAAGAUUCAAGCUGAGGUGCGGGCGAAAGCGGUGGCCGACGUUUUCAAGUCGGCCCACAGCAUUGUCCAAGAGACAAUGUUGUCCAGCGUAGACGAGGAGGCACCCAAUCCGCAGCUCCCAAAGAUAUCAAAUCUGAUACGCAUGGCCAACAGGAACAGAGAGAAGCUGCGCCCAAAAGACCCCACAACGAUGGAUUUUGAGCUAAACCAUGACUACGUCCCGGCUGGGUUCCUUCGUGGGGAUGUGUGGUGCGGAGAACGUCGCCACCUCGUCUUCGCCUCUGACAAACAGCUCACGCUGUUGUCAAAGGCGAAGACGUGGUACUGUGAUGGCACGUUUUUCGUAGUCAGGCCACCUUUCUCCCAGUUGUUUAGUAUACACGCCUUCGUCAAGCAAGGGGAGGACUACAAGCAGGUCCCGCUCGUGUUUGUUCUGAUGAGCCGGAGGGAAAAAGGCGACUAUAAGAAGGUGUUCGAGACUGUGCGAGACAUGCUGCCACGUCAACCCAAGGUCGAGAACUUUGUAAUGGAUUUUGAGGACGGCAUGUGGGGAGCAGUGAGGUCCGUGUUCCCAACCUGUACACGGAAGGGCUGCGGGUUCCACCUGACGCAGGCCAUCUACAAGAAGAUCCAAAGGCUUGGACUCCAGCCAGUCUACUAUGAGAAGGGUGGAGCCUAUGAGUUCAUGAGGAAGCUCAUGGUGCUCCACUUCCUCCCUGCACAGCGCAUCAGGGGCGCCUUUGAGGAGAUGAGGAGGGAAGUGCAGCACCCGACCCUCCUCGAGCUCAUGGAGUACAUGGAGCGAGAGUGGCUGGGGAACAGCGUCUGGUCCAUCGACGAGUGGUCGGUGUACUACCAACCGGUAAGAACCAACAAUGACCUGGAAGGGUAUCACACCAGGCUAAACAAGAAGGCACAGCACUCCCUGGCCUUCUACCUGUUGGUCGACCUUCUUCACAAGGAGGCGCAGUACGUACGCCUCCAGGUGAAGAUGGUCAGUACCAACAGGCUGACGCGCUACCAGCGGAAGCCCUACCGAGUGCUGCAGCAGCAGAUCUUCAACCUGUUCGACAGAUUCCACGGGGGACAGAUGGACACCGCAUCGUUCCUGAGGACGGUGUCGAGGCUCUAUGGACCGGUACAGAGAUAAGCUAACACGUAAUAUACUGAUAUUCAAUGUGCACCAUCCUAUUGUAAUGUUUUGUAAUGUACAUAUUUUUCCAUGUAAAUAAAUGUUUUCAAGAUUUUUGCAACUGGUAAUAGAAUUUUCUUUGUAAUAAUGUAUUUUACAAAUCUUCUUGAUUUGUGUUUUACGGAUUUUCGAAUUUUGUAAUGUACAUAUUUUCCAUGUUUUUUCAAUAUUUUUGUAACUGGUAACUUUCGACAAGUACUUUCUUUGUAUUUUACAAAUCUUCUUGAUUUGUGUUUUACGGAUUUUCGUAUGUUGUAAUGUACAUAUUUUCCAUGUUUUUCAAGAUUUUUGUAACUGGUAACAGAAUUCGACAAGUACUUUCUUUGUAUUUUACAAAUCUUCUUGAUUUGUUUUUUUACGGAUUUCGUAUUGUACAUAUUUUUCCAUGUAAAUAAAUGUUUUUCAAGAUUUUUGUAACUGGUAACAGAAUUCGACAAGUACUUUCUUUGUAUUUUACAAAUCUUCUUGAUUUGUUAUUUACGGAUUUCGUAUUUUGUAAUGUACAUAUUUUUCCAUGUAAAUAAAUGUUUUUCAAGAUUUCUGUAACUGGUAACAGAAUUCGACAAGUACUUUCUUUGUAAUAAUGUAUUUUACAAAUCUUCUUGAUUUGUGUUUUGCGGAUUUCGUAUUUUUAAUGUACAUGUUUUUCCAUGUAAAUAAAUGUUUUUCAAGAUUUCUGUGACUGGUAAUAGAAUUCGACAAGUCCUUUCUAUGUAAUGUAUUUUUCAAAUAUUCUUGAUUUAUUGUUUAUGGAUUUCUUAUUUUGUAAUGUACAUAUUUUUCAAUGUAAAUAAAAGUUUUUCAGGAUUUUCAACACAUAUAACUUGUAUUUCUAUCUUUCGCGUUGUCUUUUCUUUUUAUUAAUUACUACUACUUCUGCUUGGGAAUGUCUCGCAAAGCAUGAUGGUAUAGCAUCAGUUGUCUCAGAAACAAAUGGCGGCCAUGUUUGUUCCAAAUGCCGACCGAUCAACAGCAUAUCACAUAUCAACGUUAUUUGCGACUGAAAACACAAUUAAAGGUGAUAGUAAGCGUAUUUGACGCAAGAAGUCGCCGUAAUCUUCAACUUGACUCUUCAUCCGACGGUGCGAUACGGCGGGGGAAAUCGCUAGCGUCCCCGCCGCCGCCCAGCAAAUCUGUCGGCUUGAAAGUCUGCAAAAUUCGUCAAAAUUGAAAGAAGAUUACUACA